CCAUUUGUAACCAGUAACCAAAAAAGUGAACAAAACGUCAUGAAGAAGAUGACGUUGCCCAGAGGCAAGACUGAAUUGACGGACACGUGAAAAUAUUAGUUUGUAUGAAGAGCUCUGUUUUAUAUUGACCACUAAUAUCUCUGAGGUUGCUACCAUAGUCGAGUCCUACACACGUAUGGGAAGAUGUCAUCCACAUGCCAGGACCGAAGUGGCCGGUGGCAGGAGAUUCAGAAGGGACUACAGUUUAUUCAGUCUACCUUGCCUUUUCCUGGCACCCAGGAUCAGUAUGAGGAGUUCAUUAGGAGUUUGGUGAAGAAUUUGUUUGGUGAGGGAAAUGACGUGUUUCUUGAAGGCGAAUGGACGAGAUCUGUUGAAUUAUACACCGAGGCCUUGAACAUAGCAGAAUACGCAGAAUCGGAGGAUAUCAACAUCUCUCCAGAGAUACAGGAGAAGCUUCAUGCUAACCGUGCUUUAUCCUACUUAAACAUUGGUCUACAUGAUCAAGCCCUUGGCGACUGUGAACAAGCUCUUCAAAUGAAUAACAGCAACUACAGAGCACUUUACCGGAAAGCUCGAUGUUUAAAAGAGAUGGGAAGACAUCAGGAGGCAUAUGAGGCUGUUGCUAAAUGCUCAAUGGCGGUGCCUCAGGAUACUCAUGUGAUGGAAAUGACACAAGAGCUUGCCAAAAUGUUGGGACUAAAAAUUCGUAAGGCUUAUGUGAGAAGCAAGCCUGCCUUAAAUGUUUUGCCUGGUGCAAGCCUAUCAGGAGCAGUUAAUGAUAAGCAUUCUCAAAGCUCUUCUGUAGAGGACAUUGAAAUGGAAUUGGGCCAGUCUACGCAGAGUAUGGCCGGUCCGGACAGCAUGCCGGAAUGUUCUGCUGUGAGCGAGACGGCCGAUGUAGAGUCUCAGCCUCUCGUCGGUGUGAUCUCACCACCAGUCAUUCCAAUUGAAUCCCAUAAACCAGAGCCUGUACCAAUGCCCCUUCACAUGCCUAUGGUUAAUGGGACCAGACCCACUGACUCUUACACAGUCCCAGAGCCUCGAAUAGACUAUGAUGCAGAUAUUAUUGGAGAUGAUUUGGAUGAGCUGUUGGACAGAGCAAGUCCUCCCGAGUCAUCUUUGGAUAUUCCUACAGUAGAUGGACCUAUUCCUUUACCCACCAGUAUUGCUGCCAGUAGUUCACUGCAGAGUCCUUUGCUCAUGCCAUCCCAUUCAAGUCACUCAUUUAUGAACAUGGUCCAGCAGUACACGGUUAAUUUGCCCGCACCCUACAACAAGCCUCAACCUAUUUCAACCUAUUCUCUUGGUCUGGACACAUUUUCAGCUCUGGAUUCAUUGGAUAGUUUGUCUAUUUCAGAUCCUCAGACAGAUCAAGCUUUUAGCCAGCAUCACUUUAUGUCGCUGGCCAGCAGUGACAUGCCCAUGCCAGGCAUUCCGCCCAUCGGGACCGGUUUCAGCACAUCAAUGCAAGAUUAUCCCCCGCAGCUGGAUCUUGCCAAGAACCCACUCGCUGAUAGCCACGAUUUUAAACAGGCCUGUUCUUCAUGCUACAUUAAAACUGGACCUGGAGUACUGGAUUACACCUACCAUCCAGAGGACCACAAAUGCAAAAAAGAUUUGCUGUUGGGAAGGCGGAGGCAUGACGAGCUCCCAACGUGGAAACUUAUUCGCCCGAGACCCACUAAAAACCAGUACAUGGGGCCUUAUUAUAUUUGUAAAGAUGUAGCAAAUGGGGAAGAAUGCAGAUAUCUUGGACACUGUACUUUUGCUUAUUGCCUAGAAGAAAUUGAUGUAUGGACCCUGGAACGCAAAGGCUUCAUUUGUAGGGAGAAUCUGUGUGAUCCUUAUGGACCUAGACCUAAGAUCAAUUUGACUGUUCCCAAAAUCCUACAGGAGAACCAUGGGAUAUUUAUGUUUCUUUGUGAGGUUUGCUUUGAUCACAAACCCAGAAUAAUCAGCAAAACCAAUAAGGACAACCCCAGUCUAUGCUCUCAUCCUGUGACAAAGCAUGCAUUUGAGGAAAAGAAGUGCCUUGUACAUAUUUUGAAGGAUAAAACGGUUAGGUACUCCAAAAUUCGUCCCUACCACCCUUUCUGCCAGAUGGAUCUGUGUAGGCAUGAAGUGCGUUACGGAUGCCAGCGUGAGGAUUCCUGCUUUUACGCCCACAGCCUCAUCGAGCUCAAAGUGUGGAUGAUGCAGAGUGAACAGGGCACCUCACCAGAAAGUAUUGUUCAAGAGUCCCAGAAAUAUUGGAAUAUGGAUGCUGCUCCUCAGGAGCUCCCAUCAGCCCUGCGAAGAUUUGGUCCACCCAACCUAAAGUUGCAGUUUGUGUGCAGCCAGUGUUGGAGAAACGGCCAAGUCAUUGAGCCAGACAAAAAUAAAAAGUACUGCAGCGCCAAGGCCAGGCAUCCUUGGUCUAAAGAGAGACGGGUGGUUCUGGUUAGCUCCAUUGAACGGAAGAAGUGGACAACAGUUCGACCACUCCCAACAAAAAAGCCUGUUCCUGCUCAGUUUGAAAUUUGCAUGCAUGUGUCGGCUGGUAAAAAGUGUCAGUACAUUGGAAACUGCACGUUUGCGCACAGCACAGAGGAGAGAGAUUUAUGGACUUUCAUGAAGGAAAACAAUAUUGCAGACAUGGAACAGCUUUAUGAGAUGUGGCUUCAGUCUCAGAGACCGGGCUGGAGUGAGGAGACCUCCAACAGUUCUAUGAGGGAGAAUGGCAAACAGAUUCAUAUGCCCACAGACUAUGCUGAGGAAAUGGCUGGAAACCACUGUUGGUUGUGUGGGAAAAACUGCAACAGCGAGAAGCAGUGGCAACAGCACAUAACCUCAGAGAAGCACAAAGAGCGAGUGUUCAACUCUGAAGAUGAUCAGAACUGUUGGCAGUAUCGCUUCCCCACGGGCACUUUCAGAGUCUGCGAGUGGUACCUUCAGGGCACUUGCACAGAGGAGGAACUUUGUAAGCUGGCACACGGAGAGGAGGAGUUGAAAGAGUGGAAGGACAGAAGGGAAUUUCUUUUGAUGAAACUUGCCAAAGCCCGAAAAGAUCACUUAAUAGCACCCAAUGAUAAUGACUUUGGCAAAUAUAGUUUUCUGCUUAAAGAUAUUAUGUAAUGUUUUAAUUAAUUUGACAGUUAAUGCAGGGUGUUCUGGAACUUUAAUGUCUUGGGUUCAGUAUUGACUUUGGCGAGCAUGGUGGUAGCUCUCCGUGAUGGGGGACACGAUGCUCCUCCCAGAUUUUCGUGAAAAGCACAGAGCUGGCCUUGUGUUCUGAGUAAUCACGGCUUUGCUGCUUUUAUCACCGGUUAAAAUCAACGCACCGUCGCCUUUUAUGUUUUUUGUUAUUAACUAGCACAAAGCAGAUCACCUUUCAGGAGCUGGAAUUCGGAUUUGGUCCGGGAGGCCUCAAGCAGUGCGUUAUACGACAGGAGAGGAGUUUUAUUGAGAAACUCUUGGGAUUCCCAUUGAAGGUUUUCAACACACUAUCCUGCAUCUGCUUGUUUGUUAGUUUGUUGUUGUUGUUGUUUUUUUUUUUGAUUGGGUCUUGUAUCUUUGUUCUUCACCAAAUGAGUAUGUUCUUACAAUUGCUGUGUUUAUGUCUGUUGGUAUUAUAUGGACCAACAUAAACACAAAAAAGUUUUUAUUUUCUUAUCUGUUGUUUCUGAAAACACAACUGUAUUAUGGAAAUAAUACCAUGUAUGUGUAUUAAUAAAGGACUGAAAGAGUGAAGAUGGCAUCAUUCAAGUGAAAAAUGUUUAUUUCAAGACCCGUUUUAAAGGAGAUAUAUUUAUUAACCUGCUAACUGCAUCUCUAUGGUGAAUAAUAAAUGCAUUAUGACUCGAG